CCACUCAACUGCAACAUAAGGACAGCUUAACAUUCAUGUUGGCAAUGUAGAUCUCUCUCUUCCGAUUCUAUCUUAUCACAUGUCUGUUGCUGUGAUGGUCUCUGUUUAUAAGUAAAGAUCUAGCCCAUUUUUAAAGCCAAAUCUCUUCUGAUUUACUUAGGUUGGGUUGGGUUGGGUUGUGAGAUCGCUAUAUCAACAUCUGAUAUGGAGGUCGCUGAAGAUAUUAAAGUUGCUCCCCAUCAAGAUCGGCCAAAAGAAGGCAGUGCGGAAACAAAGGAUGGGAUAGUCGAGGAUAAGAUCAUUCCACAUUUUGAAGAUGAGCACUCACCAGAGGACUUGAAAGACAAAGGUCUUCAAAUUGAAACCAAGAAGGGGACUAUAAAGAAGGAGUACAAGGCACAGAAUGUUCAUAAUGCUGCAGAAAGCCAAAAAGAUCCAGUGAAGAAGCCAAAAGAAGCUGCAAAACAAAAGGCAAAAGUCACUGUUCCUCAACCCUUCUCUUUGGCAACUGAGAGGAGAAUGUCACAAGAAAGACGAGCGCCGGUUGAUUUUUCAUCUCCUACUGAAAAAAGGACACCAGGAGAAAGACGAGGCUCAGUUGAUUUUAACAACACCCAGCCAAAACUAUCCAAAUCAAGAAGUCUAAACAAGCCUCACACACACAAGCCGGGUCAUGAAAACUCAGCUGCUGCUGCCACCAUUAAAAGAACUCUCACAUCCAAAGUUUCGGGCCGCCAGGAUGAUAACAAAGAAGAGGUUGGAGUUAAAAAUCAGCGCAAAAUGAAGGCUGUCAAGGAGGAAAAGAGCAACUCACAAGUGCCUAUGAAGCAGCAGGAGCAGAAAGGAGAAACGGCAGAGACUCGCAAACUCGGAAAGAGCUCGACAUUCAAAGCAUUACCCUUACCCAGUUUCUACCACAAGAACGACCCUGCGGGAACCAGUACAAAGAAGGCUUCGUCUCCUAGUCCCAGGUCUCCUCCGCAUGGCCAGAGGAGCAAGCAUCCGAACUCGACCUCGGAUGCCCAGAAGAAGACCGUAACCAACAGCGCGAAGCAGACCAUUAACAAGCUGCUGAAGAGCACCCGCAAGGCUCUGAAUCCUUCCAAGGAGACAGUAAAGACCGUCGUCGCGACGGCAUGAGCGCAUUCCUGCAAUUUUCUCCUUUGAGCCUUAUGUCCCUCGAGUUCAGUUUUCCAUCGAUUAUGCGCAUGAAGUGGAUUUGUCCGUGUCAUUUGGUCUCGCGUCAGUCAUUGAAACCAAUGUCGAACCGGUUGCCGGAGUUCGUCCCAAGCUUUGUAUUCAGCUUCACGGUUGAGACAAAUAGAAGUUUUCUCUUUUGUCCA